GCAGAAGUCGUCCUGGCUGACGAUCGUCCCCAACCUGAUAUAUCAUCCCCAUCCACCUCCGACGACCCAUCCACCCCGACAACCCCCUCAUUACCUCCCAGCACAAGACUCUCAGCCCCACAAUCUAAUCAACAAACAUUAUUAAACCCUUCUCAACAAGCUGCCUCCAGUUCUGCCACAAAUACAGCGUCCGACGACUCAGAAGACCUUCCUCUAGCCACAACCUCCAUUCUCGGUCGCAGACGUCGAAAUAGAUCCCCAGACUCGGAGGACCAAGAGGACCGCCACGAGAGUCUGAGGGAGAGUAGACCGGCAAACGAAACAGACCACCGCCGAAAGAGACAACGACAAGGCUCUAGAAUGAGAGCAGAGGGGGACAAUAGCACUUCAAAUGGUACCUCCAGGCCAUUCUCGAACGGGUCUGGACCCUCUCCUCUGCACAAAGCGGCAGUGUCUAAUUCUGCCAAUGGAACACGACGGUCUUCGAUAGCUAUGAACGGCUCGUCGAGUACAAACGGGCACUCGAAUUCUGGGAUCAAGCCUCGGCCCCCAUACUUUGGCCACGACAGGGAAGAAGUAACAAGGAUACUGAUACAGGCCUUGACAGACUUAGGGUAUGACAAUGCCGCUUCAACUUUAAGCCAAGAAAGUGGCUACAAUCUUGAGAGCCCAGCUGUGGCCAAGUUUCGAAAUGCUGUUCUGCAAGGAGACUGGACACAGGCAGAGAAUCUACUGUUCGGAGACUCGCUUGAGGAAGGAGGGGUGAGCAUUGGUGGAAACGGACUCGUUUUACAACAAGGUGUCGACCGGAAUGUUGUGCGGUUCUGGUUACGGGAACAGAAGUUUCUUGAGCUUUUGGAACAACGUGACACUGGGAAAGCCUUGAUGGUUCUUCGACUCGAAUUGACACCACUAUAUCAGGAUACAAACAAGCUUCACUUUCUUUCAAGCCUCUUAAUGUGUCAGUCUACUGAAGACCUGAAAGUCAAAGCUGAAUGGGACGGAGCAGAGGGCGAUUCACGGCAUCGUUUGUUAUCCGAAUUGUCAAGUUGUAUAUCCCCUUCGGUCAUGUUACCUGAGCAUCGACUGGCUAUUUUAAUGCAGCAAGUUAAAAGGCAUCAAAUCUCGAAAUGUUUAUACCACAACACGGCAUCAUCACCAUCUCUUUACCAGGAUCAUAGCUGCGAUCGAAGCAACUUUCCUACGCACCCAAUUCUAGAAUUAGACAAGCAUACUGGUGAAGUUUGGCAUGUCAAAUUUUCGAAUGAUGGUACCAGAUUGGCUACUUGUGGCAAGGACGGCACAUGCGUUAUCUACGAUGUCGGGUCAUGGGAAGUUCUCCAGUGCUUAGGAUUGCCCGAGAAGGGCAUAUGCUCUGUUGCAUGGAGUCCGGAUGACAGCAUGAUUGUGACGUGCCAAAUGGACUAUUACGCCAUUCUAUGGGAUGUCCAUACCGGUAAGCCAAUAGUCAAAUUACCUCGCUUUGAGCAACCAGUUGGCGCCUGCGUCUGGGCGCCAGACGGAAGGUCAUUCGUGACGGGUGUUCUCGACAAGGAACGUAACUUAUGCCAAUGGAACACCAGAGGCGAAUUGAUCUUUGAUUGGGGGAAAAGUCAUCGAAUUCAAGACCUAGCUGUUUCGCCAAAUGGUCGCUUCUUGGUCGCCAUGACUAAUGAGAAGAUGAUCUAUGUCUAUAAUUUCAUCACACGAGACCUAGAGUACGAGUUGGAUCUGGAUGCUCAAAUGUGCUCUGUUAGCAUAAGUCAAAACGGUCGGUAUUUACUCGUCAACAAAGCCGAUGGAGAAGCUUGCAUGUUAGAUCUGGAGUCGCGAGAGACCAUAAAAAAUUUCAGAAGCGAUGAUCCGGGUGGCAAUUACGUGAUCAGAGCCUCAUACGGAGGUGCUAACGAAAGCUUCGUCAUCGUUGGUAGUGAAAGCGGCAACAUUAAUAUCUGGCAUAAAGAGUCUGGCCAACUUGUCGAGAAGCUGCAACAUGGAAAAUCGUCUUGCAACGCAGUCUCAUGGAGUCCUACCGACCCGUCAAUGUUCGCUUCAGCAGGCGACGAUGGCAAAGUUCGAAUAUGGGCAGACAUGGAUCCCCAAAAACGACACUCUAACGGCUCCCGAAACUCAAAUGGGAGAUAAUGACCCUCUCCAACUCAACAAUUUCAAGCAUCAUGUCGGCGUAAAGGGGCAAGACUGGAUAUCAUGAUACAGAUACAGCAUGGGCGGCGAAAUCAGACAAUUCGGGCUGGUCGUGGUGACAGUAUGAGCAUUCGAGGACGCAGCAUUUGGUUUCGGAGUUCAGGCUAGGUACAUCGUCACAUCACCUCUUCACUUUUUGUUUUGCCUUGCUUCAUGUCACGCAACG